ACAAGCCAGUUGGCCGGGGUGCGCGCUGAAAGCAUCCGUCACAAUUUCAUCGACUCUCACACCCGUUUCUACGCGACCAAUUUGAUUUGGAAAUAUUUUCUUCAUUUUUUUUAAUGCAGCCGUAAAUAAUUUGUUGCUGUUUCUUUUCCUUUUUUUCUUUGUUUGCUUUUUCACUGGAGCGUAUUCCUUCGUGUUGGGUGCAUUAGACGCGCUUUAUCAAUGAACAUGAAUCCGAAGCGAUCGGUGCCAACCUGGAUUGUACUUGCCAUGGUGCAGAUAGCCUGCUUAUGCGAACCCGUGGAGAAAGAAGACGUGCAAGUGAUCGACAUGCUGGCUCUGCAGGACGUGAAGCAGAAUCUGGCAGCUGUGGAGAAAGUGUCUGGGGCCCUGCAGACUCUCAGCGACCUCUAUGUUGUCUCUACUUUCCGCCUGCCACCAAAGUUGGGGGGUGUACUGUUGGGCUUCUAUAACAAGCAGGAUAGUAAGAAGUACCUUGAGCUGGCCAUCAUGGGGAAGAUCAACAAAGCCCUGGUGCGGUACGUGCGUGAGGAUGGAAAGGUACACACAGUGAACCUGCAGAGCAACAGCCUGGCGGAUGGGCGUACUCAGUCCAUCAUCCUCCGUGUGGGAGGCCUGCGCAGGGAAAACCUCAGCCUGGAGCUCUACGUCAACUGCCGCAUGGCUGACUCCGCCCAGCACCUACCUCCACUGGUUGCCAUGCCUGCAGAGGUGGAGCUAGUUGAGAUUCGGAACGGCUACAAGGCAUACGCUCGGCUUCAGGGAUCUGUGGAAUCCCUUAAGAUGCUUCUAGGAGGCACAGUGAGUAAAGCAGGUGCUCUAACCGGCUGCCCUUUUCAGGGUGACUCUUCAUCUUACAAUACAGUCAACUCAGUGAACUCCAUUUUGGGAGAUCACACCAAAGCUUUGAUUGGACAGCUCAUUAUCUUUAACCAGAUCCUGGGUGAGCUUCGACAGGACAUCAGAGAACAGGUAAAGGAGAUGUCUCUCAUUAGGAACACCAUAUUGGAGUGCCAAGUGUGUGGGUUCCACGGGCCCCGUUCUCAUUGCCUGCCCAACCCCUGCUUCAAGGGGGUGGCCUGCAUGGAGACUUUUGAGUUCCCAGGGUACCGCUGUGGGCCCUGUCCCGAGGGCAUGAGCGGCAAUGGAACCUACUGCCAAGACAUUGAUGAAUGUACUCUGGCUCAGCCCUGCUAUUCUCCACGAGCGUGUGUAAACACAGCUAAGGGCUUCAGCUGUGAGCCCUGCCCACCUGGACUCUGGGGUCUGCCUCUCUCAGGGGUUGGUCUACAAUUCGCCAGGAAUCACAGACAGGAAUGCUCGGAUAUAGAUGAAUGUAUUGAAGUCGCCAACGCGUGCACAGCCAAUUCUGUCUGCACAAACACCUUGGGUUCGUUUAAAUGUGGACAGUGCAAGGCAGGCUACGUAGGUAAUCAGAGUGCUGGGUGUUUUCCUCGGAGGUCCUGCGCUACGCUCAGUUUCAACCCCUGUGACUCCAACGCCCACUGCAUCAUCGAGAGGAAUGGGGAAGUGUCCUGUGCGUGUAAUGUGGGUUGGGCUGGCAACGGGAAUACAUGUGGUAAAGAUACAGACAUCGACGGCUACCCUGACCGCGCACUGCCUUGCAUGGACAACAACAAGCAUUGCAGACAGGAUAACUGCAUCCACACCCCUAACUCAGGCCAGGAGGAUGCAGACAACGAUGGUAUUGGAGACCAGUGUGACGAGGAUGCCGAUGGAGACGGCAUUAAGAAUGUUGAGGAUAACUGUCGUCUGAUUACCAACAAAGACCAGCAGAACUCGGACACGGACUCUUUUGGUGAUGCGUGUGACAACUGUCCCAAUGUGCCCAACAUCAGCCAGAAAGACACCGACAACAACGGAGUGGGCGACGCCUGUGACAGCGACAUCGAUGGAGACGGCAUUCAGAAUGUGUUGGAUAAUUGUCCCAGAGUGCCGAACCCCAUGCAGACGGACCGUGAUGGUGAUGGGGUGGGAGACGCCUGUGACAGCUGCCCUGAGAUCAGCAACCCUAUGCAGACUGACAUAGACAACGACCUAGUGGGAGAUUUGUGUGACACCAACCAAGACUCUGAUGGUGACGGUCACCAGGACACUCGAGACAACUGUCCUGACAUCCCCAACAGUUCUCAGCUGGACUCAGACAACGAUGGCAUCGGCGACGAUUGUGAUGAUGAUGACGACAACGAUGGAAUUCCUGACGCUGACAGCGUGGCAGGGUUCGGCCCUGAUAACUGCCGCCUUAUUCCCAAUCCCAACCAGAAGGACUCGGAUGGUAAUGGUGUGGGAGACGUUUGUGAGAAUGAUUUUGACAAUGACGCCGUACUGGAUUUGAUUGACGUGUGUCCAGAGAGUGCCGAGGUCACACUCACAGACUUCAGAGCCUACCAAACAGUCAUACUGGACCCUGAAGGUGAAACCCAGAUUGACCCAAACUGGGUGGUGCUUAACCAGGGUAUGGAGAUUGUUCAGACGAUGAACAGUGACCCUGGACUGGCAGUUGGCUACACAGCAUUUAAUGGUGUGGAUUUUGAGGGCACUUUCCACAUCAACACAGUGACUGAUGAUGACUACGUUGGCUUCAUCUUUGGCUACCAGGACUCGUCCAGCUUCUACGUGGUGAUGUGGAAGCAGAUGGAGCAGACCUACUGGCAGACUGUGCCCUUCCGAGCCACAGCUGAGCCUGCCCUGCAGCUCAAGGUGGUGAAGUCCCACACAGGGCCUGGGGAGUUCCUCCGCAACGCUCUGUGGCACACAGGGGACACGCAGGGCGAGGUGAAAAUGCUUUGGAGGGACCCACGCAAUGUCGGCUGGAAGGACAAAACCUCCUACCGCUGGCACCUCUCCCACCGGCCCCAGGUCGGCUACAUCAGAGUGAAGCUCUAUGAGGGAACCCAACUGGUGGCUGACUCUGACGUGGUGAUCGACACAAACAUGAGAGGUGGGCGGCUCGGAGUGUUCUGCUUCUCUCAAGAGAACAUCAUCUGGUCCAACCUAAGAUACCGCUGCAAUGACACCAUCCCAGAUGACUUCAUGGCACACCAUAAACAAGUUUUAAUGCACGUUCAGGUGUAAAGCAGGAGAGACUCAAAGAUGGGCAUCUUCACACACACACAGACACACACACACAGACACACACACACACACACACACACACAGACACACACACACACAC